AUGCAGUUGCUUUUACUUGCUGCCGCGGUCCUCUUUACGCAUGACCCCACCGGAGCUGUGCGCUCCGCCACGUGCCCCUCCCGCUGCGACGUGACCUCCUGUCCGAGCCCCAGCUGCCCCGGCGGGUACGUCCCGGAUAGGUGCAACUGCUGCCUGGCGUGUUCGUCGCGCGAAGGGGACCCCUGUGGCCGCAGGAACGACCUGCCCUGCGGGGACGGCCUGGAGUGCGACGGCUCGCGGCGGGGCACCAGGCGGGUCUGCCGGUGUAAGAUGGAGCACGCGGUGUGCGGAAGCGACGGGAAGACGUACGGUAAUGUGUGUAAGGUGAGAGCGGCCAGCAGAAAGGCCGAGCAGAAGGGAAGAGCCGCGGUUAGCCACGCGCACAGGGGGCCCUGUGCACCUCCCAGCGCAGGUCGUCAACUGGUGCAUCCCAGCAGCCCUCGCUACAAAUUCAACUUCAUUGCUGACGUAGUGGAGAAGAUCGCUCCUGCGGUUGUCCACAUUGAACUGUUCAUAAGACAUCCGCUGUUUGAUCGCCACAUGCGUCUCUCCAGUGGCUCUGGUUUCAUUGUGACCCACUCGGGUCUGAUUGUGACCAAUGCUCACGUGGUGACCACUGCUGCCACGGUGACAGGGAGGCCCCAGCUGCGCGUGCAGCUGCAUGGCGGUGACGCCUACGAGGCCUCGGUCCGAGAUUUAGACAGGAAAGCAGACAUUGCAACGAUCAAGGUCAAUCCCCAGAAAAAGCUCCCUGUGCUGACUCUGGCCCGUUCAGCUGAUCUGAGACCGGGGGAGUUUGUGGUUGCUAUCGGCAGCCCCUUCGCCCUGCAGAACACCGUCACCACCGGCAUCGUCAGCACCACUCAGAGAGACGGCAAGGAGCUAGGCAUCAAGGACUCAGACAUAGACUACAUCCAGACUGAUGCUAUUAUCAACUAUGGAAAUUCUGGAGGACCUCUUGUUAACUUGGACGGCGAGGUGAUAGGCAUCAACACUCUGAAAGUGACCGCAGGCAUUUCCUUCGCUAUACCCUCCGACAGAAUCAGAGGCUUCCUCACAGAGUCACAGAUCAAACACAUCAAAGAAAGACGAGACUGCAAGCAAGCGUUUCGGAGGAACACUCGGAUGCAGGCGAACCGGACCUGUCCCGUCGUUCAGGUCCCUGCGUCUUAGGUCCAGCGGGAUUCAGGAUGCAGACUCUCCCUCAUGGCCUUUUGGAUGUACCACCCAAUCAGUGACCUUCUCUCCCCUACGCUUCCUCUCACAUACUACCAUUCAACAUUUUGCCUUUUCUCUUUGUCCCCCAGGACACAGAACAUUUAUUUCUUAUUUGGGAAUAUCAACUUUAUACUGACUUGCUCACUUUUUAGCCAACUUUUUAGCUUACUUAUAAAAGCCCUAGUACUGCGCCUUAUGCUCAUGGUUACCCCUUUACUAUAAAUUGCCUUUGAAACACAUUCACAAAGAGUCAUGGCUGCGUUUAAGCGGGGUUAAAGGAAGUAGACGUUGUAGUCAAACUAAAUGGACAUCCAGUCCAGUUCAUUGCAUACACGCUUGUGGUAGCGUGAUAGGUUGCGUGUUGGCAAGAUGGUUAUGUGUGUUCAGUUUGAUUCACUAAUUUUUUAGAUGCGUUUUGUCAUAGAUGAAUAAAUACCAUACCGUUUAUUACUUUAUUCAAAAUACUGCAGAGGAAAGUAUAUUGCCUUGUACAUUAAAUGAAGCUCAAAUGUCAGAAUAAAAGC